UCCUAUAAAAGCAGAACUCCGGGUAAGAGGUUGAAACAGAUGGAGAGAGGUGACCGACACGAUUGUGUACCUGGCCGUAGGAUAACGGAAAUGCAGAAAUUCGCAGGUGUCCAAACGGUGAAGGCGCUAAAAAACGCCGUCGUCUGCCUGAUGUUGUUCCCCCGGUUCCUACUAGCAUCAGUGCUGUUGUGGCUCCUAGAUUUUCUUUGCAUCAGGAGAAAGGUGUUAUUGAAGAUGGGAGAGCAAGAGAUCAGUCCUGACGAUCCCCCGGUAUUUGUGUCAGACUCAAAUAAGAUGUUCACUCUGGAGUCGCUCCGGGCAGUAUGGUAUGGACAAAAACUGGACUUCUUUAAAACGGCUCAUCUUGGUUUCACGGCGCCAAACAGCGAAGUAGUCCAACUCGUUGAACAGAAAAAAGUACGGAUCCUGGACUAUGCCAGAGGGAGGAGACCUCUCAUCCUUAACUUUGGGAGCUGCUCCUGACCCCCGUUCAUGACGCGCCUGUCAGCGUUCCAACGCGUUGUCGACCAGUACGCUGACAUCGCGGACUGUCUUCUUGUGUAUAUUGAAGAAGCGCAUCCAUCGGAUGGCUGGGUAAGCUCCGAUGCGCCGUAUCAAAUCCCCAAACACCGCUGUAUAGAGGACAGACUCAAAGCGGCUCAACUAAUGAAUGCAAAGAUUCCUGGACGCGAAGUGGUCGUAGAUACUAUGGACAACUCGUCCAACGCAGCGUAUGGCGCGUAUUUUGAGAGACUUUACAUAGUGAAGGAUGAGAAGGUUGUUUAUCAGGGACGCAGAGGUCCGGAAGGGUACCGGAUAUCAGAACUGCGAAAUUGGCUUGAGCAGUACCGAAACGAACUUGAAUGUUCAAGAACAGUGGUUGUUCAUGUCUAAAAUGAACACUGUGCCAUGUGUCCAUAAGGAACUAAUGGACUCAUUGUCCUAAAGCUGCUACAGCUGUGAAUAACGCUGUAUAUUUAGUUCAAGUUCAAAACCUGAAAACUUGUUGUCAUUGGUGAUGCACACGCAUGAUAGUUGUGCUUUUUUGCCAUUACUCAUUUUGUUAUUCAGCAUUUUAUUUGAACUCAGACAAAAUGGUAUCCACUCUUUAUCUCUUUAUUUGUCUAUAUUAAUUUUUACUUUAUUGUGUGAUCAUUUUAUUUCUGUAUGGUAUCAAUCCUUUGUGCUCUCUCUCUCUCUCUCUCUCU